AGGAAACUAGCAAGAAAGAAACUGUGGUCGCCCCCUCUGUGUCUCGGUCUCAGUCUCUGUUUCUCUCAAAGCCUAGUUGGGUUGGAUUGGGAGACUGUAUUUAAACCAACCCCAUCUUUCUCUAAUCCGUUGUAUGUAUACCCUACUCACACAGCCAAAGAUACACAUAAUAGUUUGUGAAAUUUUCAAGUUGAAUUGUUCUCAGAUUUCCUUUUCUCUGAAACUGUUCUGUUUCUCUGCUUGAGCUUUUUUCCUUGAAUUUAUUUUGGUGAAGAUGACGGGAGAAUCUUCCAGCAAGGUGCCGGAAUCCGCAGCCGGAGAUGGGUUGGCAGGGUUGCUGAAGAAUCUAGGGCGUGAUGAGAUUUUGGAAGCCUUGUCUGAUGGAGGCGGGUUUUGUCUUCACUGUCAAGAUCUAUUGCAGACUCGUAUUCUCAAUCUAAUUAAUAAAAAAACGAGUGAGUUAUCAGUAUCAAGUGGUAAUGGUCAAAAUUCGGUAGAAUUCUGGUCUGCAAACUCGUCUAGCUCUUCUGUAUUAGAGAAAAAUUCACAAUCUUCUACUAAGAGCACAUCAUGGAGCUCUAUCCGAACCCCUGAGCCUGCUGGUCACUCAGGAAUACGAAACGGAUUUGUUAAUUCAUCACCUGCAUCAGUGGACAUAAAACAGAUAUCACUAAACGACGGGCUUGGUGUAAUGGAGGAGCAAAAGGAGCGUACUAGGUUCGCUCAAAUUGGCAGGAAAAAGGAUUAUGUUCAUAUUGAGAGGAUCGAUGGGAAGGCGACAAAUGUCCUCCAAGGACUCGAACUUCACACUCAAGUUUUUAAUACCGAGGAGCAGAAGAAGAUUGUUGAUCGUGUUUAUAAUUUACAGCGCAUGGGGCAAAACGGUCAGCUUAGAGGUAUGUAUACUAAAGCUGCAGUCGAAAUGUCAUUUAUCUCAUUUUAGAUGUUUCUUUAGAUC